GAUGGGGGCCGUGGCGGAACUCGCCUUUGUUAUAAAAGAAACGGAGACCAACGUUGAACGGACAGUGGUACACUACUGACAGAUCGGAAAAAUUAGUGCAAUUCCUCGAGGAGUUAACAGGUGUGUCAGCUGACAGAGAAUGGCUUGCUUGAAACUUUACACAGUCCUGCUGCUGGCUGUUAUUAUUGGCAUCGUCGCUGCGAAACCAGGAUACUUAGGUGGAUACUACGGCGGAUAUUAUCCUUACAUUUAUAGCUACAGAUAUCCGUUCUACGGAUAUGGACACGGAUUCGGACAUUAUGGCUACCCCUAUUAUGGUUAUGGUCACGGAUUUGGUCACUAUGGCUAUCAUUAAUCGAAAAGACGACUGUUUGGAUACCACGAUACCCAAGGAAGAAAUAUUUUAAAACCGAUCUAUCCUCGUACAUCUGCCAAUUUUAUAAUCGAAAUCUUCUUUUAUACAACAAGCUUUACUGCAAACUGCAUUUAUUUUCUAUUAAAUGAUAUUCUCGAAAUUCUAGUUACUGCUAAAGCAAUGACGAAGAUGUUUGUCAAGUAAGCGACUUGAACUGUAUUUGAUUAAAUUUUAUACUUUCAUCGUCGUUAAAGAUAUUGUGCAAAUCAGCAAAUAAAACGUAGAUUUCAGUGAGA